AUGCAGAAGCAUCAUAUAAUGCUUACUGGCUUCCCAGAGACAGAGAAAUCGUUGCUGAUUAAAAUAAUAAAAGACUUGGGCGGAUCUUACUGUUAUGAUCAAACGGAUUCUGAGCCUAAUAUGUAUAAUGUACUGGAGGAUUCUUCACCAGUACCUAAAUAUUUUGUAAUGUCUUGUCGUUUAUUGGAGUUCCACUUACAGAAAUUCCUUCCAGUUUGUACGCAUGUUGUUGCUAAGAAACCUUGUCGGAGCCAAAAGUUUCUCUGUGCCUGUGCAUCUGGUAAAUGGCUGGUGGUAGACAAGUACUUACUGGACAGUCAAUCUGCCAAGAAGUUUCUACCAGAAUUGAAAUACGAAUGGGGAAAUAUUUACAAAUAUGAUCAGUUGCCUGUAGAUGUGCAGCAGGCACCAUCAAGAUGGAGACAAGCGUUGAAAAAAGAUAAAAACAAAUUGCCUUUUUCUGGCUGGGUUGUUGGCUUGUGUGUGGCCAAAUCUUUCCAAGUUUAUAAGAGGCAUUGA